UCCUCUGCUCCAGUCAGUAUCCACUCCGCGGUGUGCUUCUUGGUUGAGUUGCUCACGGAGGACGAGCCGCUUGACAAGUUUUCACCUGGAAAUAGCGCCGCGUAACUCCAGCGAAAGGCGAAUUUAGUCUGCUUAGGUGACGAAGAGAAAGGGGGUUUCAUGGAAGACCACAGGAGUCUUUUAUUUCCCCCAGAACAGGACAGCAACUGACUGAACGCUUCCCGCGAGCCUUGUGGUCCCGGGGGAGCCUUUCUUUUUAAAUUUAGGGUCAACCUAACUGUGAAUACAACCGCUGGCGUGUUUUCUUCAGCCUGGAGAAAGAGAGGGACGUUGAAAAAUAUGGUCAAAUUCUUUCUGCCUGACGUAUGAGAGUCGGGUCUACGCUGUGAUGAGGUGCGAAUUGAACAGCGGCGGAGCGCCAGACGGAGACAGUGAAAGCUAAGCUCAUCCCACCGGCCAACGGUGGCCAACGGACACAGCCUCGACCUCAGCUACACAGAUUCUGGAGAGUUUCAUGCUGAUCCAAGCUGUAGUGCUCCAACUGUGAGUCACAUAACAUCAUCUAUGAGACAGAUGAAUGGGACCUUUACUCCUGGAAACGGCACACGUCAGCAUUUUUAAGCGGGGGCUUUCAAUUGAGCGAGAAUGGGGAAGCGGGGGCUACCCUGGAGGGGCUGUGUUCAUCAGACAUUCUUUGAAGGGAUAUUACCCCAUCUCAUCAUCUGAUUGUCAUAGUGGUGCCGCGCACAACUGCCGUGACACCAUUAUCAAUGCAACACACUGGGUCCUUUCAUCGGCAACCGAACAGAGGAAUGGUGCUCAUUGCAGUGAGUCAGUAUCAUGGAGGCAGGCAGCGGGGCUGCCGCAGCGGUGGGGAGUACAGCGCUAGGACUGCUGGGAGCCACAGUCACGUCCGGCGAUGACAUCUUGGACAGGGGCCUGAGGCCUGGACGUCACCUGGAGGACGACGACAUUGUGCCUGAACUGGCUAACAUCCACCCCAGAGAGAGACCCGACUGGGAGGAGACCAUCAGUGCCAUGGCAAGGAGCCCCGAGAUCCCCGAGCUGAGGACGGAGCCCCUCAUGCGCUCGUGCAGCAGCAGCACGGCCAGCAUGAAGGUCAAGAAUGUCAAGAAACUUUGCUUCACCAAGGGCCACUUCCCGAAGCUGGCAGAGUGCGCUCACUUUCACUACGAAAACGUGGACUUUGGCACGAUUCAGCUGUCCCUCGGGGAUGAACAGUGUGAAGUGACGCGGAACGGCUAUGAGUCGAAGGAGCUGGUGUACUUGGUGCACAUAUACUGCCAGGGUCGGAGUUGGAUUGUGAAGCGCAGCUAUGAAGAUUUCCGGGUCCUGGACAAGCACCUGCACCUCUGCAUCUACGACCGACGCUUCUCACAGCUGCCUGAGCUGCCUCGAUUGGACAGUCUGACCGACCAGUCAGAGUCCGUUUCCCAGAUGUUGUUGGCUUACCUCUCCCGGCUCUCAGCCAUCGCCGACAACAAGAUCAACUGUGGGCCCGCCCUCACGUGGAUGGAGGUCGACAAUAAGGGAAAUCAUCUGCUGGUCCACGAAGAGUCGUCCAUCAACGUGCCAGCUAUUGCUGCUGCCCACGUCAUCAAGCGCUAUAUCGCCCAGGCCUCAGACGAGCUGUCCUUCGAGGUUGGCGACAUUGUGUCUGUAAUUGACAUGCCCCCGAAAGAAGACACCACCUGGUGGAGAGGCAAGCAUGGCUUCCAGGUUGGCUUCUUUCCCAGCGAGUGCGUGGAGCUCAUAAACGAUAAAGUGCCGCAGUCCAUGACCAACACUGUGCCGAAACCAGCCUCCCCCUGCUCUGGCCUGCAGCCUGCUUCUUGGAGUCUCUUCCCUCCCUACUUGGAGAUGGAGAGUGUAAUACAGGACAAUGCAUGGGUGGCCGACCCGCUAAACCACUACAGCCUAAGUUCAGUGUCUAAGAAGCACGGGAAGCUGAUCACCUUCUUGCGCACCUUCAUGAAGUCCCGGCCCACCAAGCAGAAGCUGAAGCAGAGAGGCAUCCUCCGGGAGAGGGUGUUCGGCUGCGACCUGGGAGAACACCUCCUCAACUCGGGACAUGAUGUGCCCCAGGUCCUCAAGAGCUGCACCGAGUUCCUCGAGAAGCACGGCGUGGUGGACGGCAUCUACCGCCUCUCUGGCAUCGCCUCAAACAUCCAGAAGUUGCGGCACGAGUUUGACUCUGAGCAGAUCCCCGACCUGACCAAAGAUGUUUACAUCCAGGACAUCCACUGUGUUGGCUCGCUGUGUAAGCUGUACUUCAGAGAGCUGCCCAACCCCCUGCUCACCUACCAGCUCUACGAGAAGUUCUCCGAUGCUGUAUCAGCAGCGACAGACGAAGAGCGACUCAUCAAAAUCCAUGAUGUCAUCCAGCAGCUUCCUCCACCGCAUUACCGGACCCUGGAGUUCCUCAUGAGACACCUUUCGCACCUAGCAGCGUUCAGCUACAUCACCAACAUGCACAGCAAGAACCUGGCCAUCGUCUGGGCGCCCAACCUGCUGAGGUCCAAACAGAUAGAGUCUGCCUGCUUCAGUGGCACAGCGGCCUUCAUGGAAGUCCGGAUCCAGUCGGUGGUGGUGGAGUUCAUCCUCAACCACGUGGAUGUUCUCUUCAGCACCAAACUCAGCUCACUAAUACGCGAGGGAGCUGGUCACAACUCGUUGUCGCGGCCCAAAUCGCUGCUGGUUUCAUCGCCCUCCACUAAACUUCUGAGUCUGGAGGAGGCCCAGGCCAGGACCCAGGCUCAGAUCAACUCUCCAGUCACUGAGGACAGCAAAUACAUUGAAGUGGGCGAAGGUCCGGCCGCCCUGCAGGGAAAAUUCCACACUGUCAUCGAGUUUCCCACCGAGAGGAAGAGGCCUCCUAUUAAAUCCAAGAAGUCUCCUGUGGGUAGUUGGCGUUCUUUCUUCAACCUCGGCAAGUCUUCCGCCAUGUCCAAGCGCAAGCUCCACCGCAACCCCAGUGAGCCCAAUGAACUGAAGGCCAUGGCUCUCGCUGGAGGCAGAGGAGACACCGCAACAUUAAGAUCAGCCAAAAGUGAAGAGUCCCUGAGUUCCUUGCACAAUGUUGAAGGAGAGUCCAAGGUGUACCGUCCUCGGCGGCCGCGCUCCAGCAGCGACGCCCUGUCGGCCUCCUUCAAUGGCGAGCUGCUGGACAGCCGGCAGCACUGCAACUCCUACGACAACCUGGGCGCCACAGAGGACAGCGAAGGAGACGACGGCCCCAUCUGUGUGCCCGCCCUCAUCUCGCCUCCCCGCUCAGCAGGUGAAGACGUGGACCUCAGCCCGCCGGACAUCGGCAUGGCCUCCUUGGACUUUGACCCCAUGUCUUUUCAGUGCAGUCUCCCCGACACCUCUUACGCCUUCCCCCUGGACCACUCACCCGGUGGGGCAGAGGGUUCCACGUUGAGGAGGAUUCCCGGCAGCGCCUGCGCAAAGACCAACGGCGCUGAACUCAUCUCUGCUACCUUCCUGGGUGGCUUGAGGUCCCCUUUGUUGUCCGCAGACUUUAGCCUGGCUUCUGGAGAGAAGGUGGCUAACAAAAAACUGACCACUUCCUAUUCUUACACCGAUAAACCCACACAGGCCGUUUCGCCUAUUAAAUGUGGGAAGAGCACUAGCUUGACGCCGUUUGCCACUUCGGAGCUUUUCUCUACAGAGAUGCCGGACAAGAGUACGGCUGCACAGUUGGCCUCUUCGGAAUCUUUAUCUCUUCCCUCAGCAGCUAAAGACUCUCCUCCCCUCCUGGGCAGUGUGCUGCUGAGGGCGGCCGAGCCGUCGCUAAGUGAAGCUUUCCAAAUGGAGCUGCACUCGAAGCUGGUGGCUUUUGACAGCGUGGACGGUCGAGAGCUGAAGGGAGAGGACGGCGUGCAGCAGGCGCCGGCUGCCGGCAGCCUAGAACACCACGGAGUCGUAGCUCCGGACUCUUCAAAGGACCUCACCCCUCGUUCCCUCAGCACUACAGCUCCCACUAGUGCCCCUCCUCCUCCUCCCCCUCCUAAAAAUGCUGCCCGCAUGUUGGCCCUGGCCCUGGCCGAGUCCGCUCAGCAGGUCUCCAUUCAGUCUCAGUCGCGGUCCUCUGAGCCCUCCACGCCGGUGUCCCCUCUGCAUCCCCAGGAGACCUCUAACUCCCAGGACUCGACACAUCCACUGUUCCCACAUUUACGGACUCCUUCCGAGGAGGGAGCAGGGAGAGGGAGUUCCCCGCCACCAAACAGCGGGGCCCUGGGUGUCGCCCCAGUUUCAGCUCACCCCUCCACCUCGAGUCCUACAUUUAAACAGCAGCCUCUAGAGGCAACCAGCACGAUUACCAAGCCAUCGGACAGCACCAAGUCCUCUACAACCCCGCCUGGAACGCGGCCUGGAACAGACUCCUCCUCACCAGACACUUCUUUUUACAAGUGUGCCCCACUUCCCAGUACCAGCCUGACUUCUCCAAUCAGGAAAAGUCCAGAAAGGCCGCAGCCUGUCGCGGGACAGCUCCCAGUCUGUACCAGCUCAUCAAGUACCACUCUGGCCACCUUCCCCAGUGGCAGCUGCAAAGACACUGGAGUGUUGCCACAGCUUGUUGCUGAGGUCAAACUACAGGAGACUGCACCCCCCCCAGUCCUUCCAAAACCAUCAGAGCAGCCACCUCAGAAGCCGAAGAGGCUUAGCAUGAAGGCCGUCUCACUGCCCAAGCAUCAAACACACACUCAGCAGCAGAUCCAAGCUCAGAUACAGCCUCAUCUUCCACCACAGCCUCACACACACGCUCAGACACAGUUCCAACCCCAUACCCAGCCUCAGCUCUCCUCGAAGGCCAGCGCAAGAGUGCCCCCCACCUCUGCUGAGCCUGUUGAGAAGCCUUGGGAGGCCAUAAAGCCGGUACAGCCCUGUACAGAGCCUGCAAAGCUCCCAGAGGCGUGCGUACCCAAACCUCCGGCCCCUCCCGUCCGCACCAUGGAGAGCAAACUGGCCACAGCGGCUCUCAGCCAAAGUGAAGCCUCCUACCAUAUCGUGGGGGAAGGCCCUGUGCCUGGCCAUCAGGAGGAUGCUCUGCCUCACUAUCCUCCUUCUCCUCGCAAAUCUUCCUCACACCAGCCAGCCUACCUGUACCACGCUAAAGGAGAGCCGGUCUUAAUUGAGUCCCCUGGAGCUGCAUACUACCACCAGAAACCUGUUCCGCUGGGUCCCCAGUCGGUGCUACACCACUUCCGGCCCGACAGCGUCCCCCCACACCUAUCCUACGUGUCUAAAUCGGAGCCUCAGAUCCCCUACAGUGCCCGACUGGACAACAGAUACAGCACUUUAGGCCCCCGUUCCUACCACCACUCUAUGAAGUCCAGAGGAAACCCCCACAGUGUGUACGUGUCUCCGGGGCCAGGGCAUCAAGGUUACAACCAUGACAGAAAUCAAGGCUAUCCCACCAUCCGCAGAGUGCACUCACUCCAUGUCCCUUCCACUAUCCGCUCAGUGCCCAUCCAAAGGACCGAAGUUCCUCCAGAAGAUGAUAUGUUCUUCUACCAGCGUCCCGUGUAUCAGUGCAAAGCCUACCAGCAGCCCCCGCAGCAGCAGCAGCCCCCACAGCAGCAGCAGCCCCCACAGCAGCAGCAGCCUCCACAGCAGCAGCAGCCUCCACAGCAGUCCUCACAAGCUGACUACCACGUCACCCAGCUGCAGCCUUACUUUGAGAACGGUCGGGUUCAGUAUCGCUACAGUCCGUACUCUGGUUCAAGCCCUUUGGAGGCGCCUUACUAUGACAUCGACCCUUACGGCACCAUCCGAGUUCGCCACGCCCACGGCAGUCGAGAUCCCGGGGCCGCUGCCGGUCGACCGGGUGGGAAGGCGACUGGGUACCACUACCUCGCUCGCCAUGUUCUCCCAUCUGGGAAGGAGCACAGCUUUGUGAGCAGGGACAUGCCCCCCGGUUACGGGACGAAGGAAGCUGCUGCAUACCUCGCUUGGGACCCCGAGGAGUCAGAAAGGCUCCGCAUGCACUCCAUUCGCAGGGAGAGCAGGGCCAGACAGAAGAUCAAAGGCCCCGUCCUCUCUCAGUACGACAACGUGGGCUUGUUCACACCAUCUGAUAUAUCGGGCUAUGAAACCCUGCACCUGCGCAGCAAAUCUGACCCAGGCAAAGCUGUGCUGGUUGCAGCCGAGAGCAAAGAUGGGCGCUACCUCCCCAGAUACAUGGUGUCCGACCCCGACGUCCUCAUGUACAUGGAGACCGACAUGCAUGUCAAGGGCAGCGCAGUGGGCGACAAGGCCGACGGGCUCGCCAAGCAAAGCGGUUCCAAGAAAUGCCAGUCCUCUCACUCCCUUCCAGCUACUGUGAGCCACAGUCUGUCCCAUCAGCAGGAGACCGGAGACGACAGCCGGUCUCAACACUGGCAGCAGGACUAUCCCGGCAAGAGGAACUUCACACCACGCUACGAGUGUGCCGAUUCUGACCACCACCAGAGUAACGUGAAAACACAGAGCGGCUACCACAACACGGAGGAGCAGCCAUCAGCCCCCAGGGAACAACUCAGCCGCUCCAAAUUGGAGCGAUCGCACAGCGUCCGGGAGCAGCAGCAGCAGCACUACAGCCAGGGAAACCCCGAACUGGACAGAGACUACUUGUAUCAGAAACAUGCCACCAAACCAGUGCAGUCCCACUACGAUAACUUGGACGAUUAUCACCCAGUACUUCAGCCUCAGGCCCCUGUUCAAAAACGUGCAGGGUCCGGCUCCUAUCCUGCCGCGGGGUUCUCAGUGAGCCACAGCAACAGAGCGUACUCCACCGCGCUGGGCCAGGGAGCCUUUCUCCAGACUGACCGGCUCAUGCAGAGGCCAGAGACAGAGAUACGUACAGAAUGAAGCAUUUAGUUCUCUUUAGCCAUGUAGAAGAAAGACUAUUGAGCUCUGGUUGCAGCCUCUGCAGGACAGUGGACUGUCAUAUCACCAUAUUUUUUGCUCCUCUGUAUUUUUAAUGAAUUGUAAAGAAAAUUGUAAGACUUUUUACUGAAUGUACCUGAAUUUACUGUCCAAGGGGUCAUAUUGUGAUUGGGGCAGUAGUCAUAAAUGUAUAUGAUAUGAAAGAUAAAAGAGAAAGAGGUACUUUUAACAGGAUCACCAAUAUGAUGAUAUAUAUAUAUAAUCUAUAUAGAGAUUCACUAGUUUGAAAAAGAAAAGGGAUUUAGUUGUGUUUAGUUUGUUUUUGGUAUGAGCAUCAACUGGGAUUACGGUUUGCAUUUUACAAAAUGCAUGCAGGAUCCGUCGCGUUCUUUCUGGAUGUUACAGCACAAGUUAUUGGAGGAGGGCAAACAUGUCGGUAGGGUUCAUGUUCAGUCUCUCCAGGAUCCGGCCGGGUGGGAGGUUCAAUUAGGAGCUGUGAUGGGUUUCUCUCGGUUAAUAUAGUGGUUUAUCAAAGUCUUAUUUUCUGUGUGACUGUGACAUUUUUUUAUGUAACUUUGCUAUCCACAGAUUUCAAUGACUUCUCACGGAAAGUUGUGGUACUGUUCCGAAGAGGGACCAAGCGACUCGGGGCAGUUGUUCAGUUGUUGCACAUACGGGAUAAAAGAGAUGGAGAUGGAUUCAUGCCUUUCUAGAUGUGGAAGAGGUUCUAUUUUUAUUUCCCUUUGUUUUUUUCCAUUAUGUUCAAGGUACUUUCAUGAACUGGACUAACUGAAUAAAGCUGAAAACAAUGUCCUCUCAAACAAUGUGUGGAAGAGCAUGUCGCAGCUGCUUUGUGGAGGAAAAGUAACGUCUUGGUGAUGAGCCUUAAACAGACCAUUUUCAUCAUAAUGCACAAACAUUGUGAUAUCUAGAUUGUAGAUCACCUUUGAUUCUUGACAGUUAACCUACUGGGGUUAUUUAAUUUUGUAUCCGUGGUUCUGAAUUUAAAACAAUGGGGGGGGGGGGUAUUUUUUUUUUUAGAUACUUGGCACCAUUUAUAUUCAGACUGGAAAUCCAUGUAAGGUACAAUCAUCUGGUAUUAUACUACAUGUAAUGUGUGGAUUACAAUAUGUUUCAAAUACAUCUACAUCCAGGUUGUACUCCACUGUUUAACUUCUCGCUUACAGGUUCUUCUCCUCUUGCCUUAUUUAAGCCUCUACCUUUUCAGAUGGGGAACUUAAGUAAGGCUCUGUGUACUUGAAUGUGAACACGCUCGUGUCUCAAACGAGAGGCAUCUCCACUUAGAUAUGAAAUAAAUAAAACUGUUCAGGAAUAGCUAUAA